AUAAUAAAAUUGCGGUCUCAUGGAAAUGUCUGCUCUGUUUGAUUCCCUCUGGGUUGGUUGUAUUCAUCAAUAAAACUACAUUUUCAACAAAGAUGUAAAGUCAAGAGAGAAGAAUAUAACAUGAUUAAAAAAAAAACAUGAUGGGUCGUUUUCUGAAAUCUAAUGUAUUCGUAAUAUUUGCUAGACAGCUGUUUCAUUCCGGUAGACAUGUUCAUCCUUACGAGCGAAGUACUAUGUUGCUUCCGUCGCUGUCACUUUUAUUCACGUAAAAUAAUGCGUAGAUCUAGUGUAAUUAUAAAUGCAAAUAUGUGUGUAUGAUCGUAGUGUUCGUAGUACUUAAUAAAAAAAAGGAUUUGUUCGCUCGUUAAAAAAAAAAUUAUAAUAAUCAUUAUAAGAAAUAGUAAUGGCUCAAUGCAAGUUAACCCCACGGGAAUUUAUCAGCAAUACCUUUUCGCCACAAAUUGCUGCAGUAUGCACAUCUGCUGCCGAUGCAACAUGUCAGAAAAAUAAUUUGUCAUUUGUCGAACUUUUGCAACCAUUCUGCAAGUUAAAUACCGAAGGACAUUUCAAAGAUCCUCAAGGAAAUAUUGUAACCGUUCGAAAUCUUCGACUUUCUAUACAAGAUGUUAAUGCACAUCCACCUGAAUCUAGCAUUGCAAGAAAAAUGAUGAAUGAGGCUGUUAGUUCGGCAAUGUGUGAACGUACUACAGUUAUUCGUAUUGGAACAGUUGAUUUAGAUAUUCCUUUAUCUGUUCCAUGGUUUGAAGCAUGGAGAGAAAUGUUUCUUAGUGUGCAGUUUCCUUCUGAUCAUGAGUUUACAAGACAUUUUCUUGCUUGCAUGAUCAUUGUUUCAACAGCAGAUGAUAAUCCUUUAGACAAAGUACAAGCAAUGGGUUCACAAUUACACCAAAGUAUUCCUGGAAAAUUACCAAAGUGGUUUAAUAACAAUGCAUUAAGAUAUUACAUCCUAAUACAUGAUGCCUUACUGGAUGAUAAGAUCAAGGCAGAGAGUGUUUUUACAGAAAUGAAAAAUAUUUAUGGUGCUAAUAAUUGUUUCCUUUUACAAAUGAAUUCACGACCACCAGGACAAAUUGAUGAUAAUUCACACUUACCAGAUCCUUGGAGUCAAUUUCUAAUAAAACGUACAGAAUUAUCAAGUGGUAGCGAACAAAAUAGUUCACCACGUACUCCAGCAGAUACAGGAGGUGUAUCUGCUAUGCCAAAUGAAGUCACAACAGAGUCUGAGAAAUCAAGUCAAGCUGGAACACCGGUUGUUCCACAAAAUAAUACAUUAGUUUCUCCAGAUGUAGCUGAUACAAUUAGUCUUUCUUCUGAAAUGUCAGAACCUAGUAAUGUGCAAUUAGAAGUUGGACAAGAAGCAGUGUCCGUAACUAUUCAUCCUCUUAGUCCAGAAAGUGACAAGUUACAUAAUAUUAGUUCUACUACUAAUAUUAAAGCUCAUAUAGCUAGUAAUUCUCCAAUUAAUGCCAAUGUUUGGGCAGAUUCUCCAAAUUACAUUGCUGCACAGCAUGGUGCUCGAUUAUCUACACAAGAUCUUGAAAGACUGAGAUCACUUAUAACAGAAUUUUGUUUGAAGAGUUUAUUACCAUAUGUUGAGAAACAAAUUGGUUUAUUAAAUGAUGUUAUUUCAAAUAAAAAGGGUGUUAGUAGAUCACUUUUUAGUGCAACAAGAAGAUUAUUCGGUACGAAUAAACCAGGAGCGCCAGGAUCUGCUCCAUUAAAUGCUGUGAUUUACACUGCAGAGUCUUCUGAGUUACAAUUGCGUCGAUUGGGUGAUUUGUGUUUUAUAUUUGGUCAUUAUUCGCUUGCUUAUCAAGCGUACCAUAGUGCAAAACGAGAUUUUGCAGGCGAUCAAGCAUGGCUUUAUUAUGCAGGUGCUCUAGAAAUGGCUGGUUUAAGUGCUUUCAUGCAAGGUGAAAUGAAUCGAAAAACAAUCGAGUAUAUGGAUGAUGCAAUAUUAACUUAUUCAAAUAGUUGUAAGAUGCCGCAAUUUGCAACGAGAGCAACAUUGCUCAGUGCAGAAUGCUUGAAGGGUCGUGGAUUAUAUGGGGAAGCAGCAAAACAAUUAAUUCGUAUGACAAGCGAAGAUUCUGAUUUGCGUUCUGCUUUACUUCUCGAACAAGCUGCUUAUUGUUUUAUUGGUCCGAAAAUGAUGAGAAAAUAUGCGUUUCAUGCAGUCUUAGCUGGACAUAGAUUCUCGAAAGCAGGCCAAAGGAAACAUUCUUUAAGAUGUUAUCAACAAGCUUAUCAGGUAUAUAAUAAUAGAGGAUGGUCAUUAGCAGAAGAUCAUAUACACUUUACCAUUGGUAGGCAAGCUGCUUCUUUAAAGCAAGUUCAAGAAUCUGUCAAGGCAUUUGAAAAAUUAUUGAAUGCUAAUAGUAAACAACCGGCACCACAACAAGCUGCUUUCCUACGAGAAUUUUUACAUAUUCAUAAUUUAUUACUUCAAGAAGAUGCUACAAAUGACCAGGAGCUUCCUGUUUUGCCUUUACCAUUAAUAGAUAGCAACAAUGUUAAAGUAUUAUAUGGCCAUUUGUGCGAAUCAACUGAAGAUAGUAUUUCGGCGAGUCAUGUAUCGCUAGACGAUGAAGAUGGUCAAGACGAUGUUAGAUGGUCAAAAAUGGAAGAAAUACUUAUAACCGAAGCUCAGGGAACACAACCUAUGAUAUUUAAGCCAUCCAUUAUAUUGUAUUCGAGUAUAAGUAAUAAUACUGUCAAACCAAAUGCUGUCUUGAAUGAGCCAGUGCAUUUUUCUAUUGAAUUACAUAAUCCACUGCAUAUAUCAUUACCAUUAUCCAACGUAACUUUAUUGUGGUCAUUUACUAGCGUCAAUAAUACUAUUACAAAUGAAACAAAUUCGGAAACAUCGUCGGAAUCAGAACUGGUUGAUACACAAGUAAUCAAUUCAAUAAUGUUACAUCCAGUUUGUAAACAACGUAUUGUAUUAUCUCUCACACCUAAGCAAGUAGGACAGGUAAAAGUCUUGGGUUUGAAGUACAACAUGUCUAAUCCAGUUCAUGCAACGCUAGAUCCACUUGUUAUGAAUCCGACAAUUUUUGUUGCUGGAAAACGAUUGUUUGAAAUUAAAGGUCCUAAAUUAAAAAAUAUUAAAGAAAAACCAGGCAUACAAAUGUAUGCUGUGGAUUAUAGAUUAGAAAUGAAUGUCAUCAAAAAAGCUCCAUAUAUACAGAUCCAUUUUAGCAAAUUAUCAUCAGAAAUGUUUUGUGGAGAAAUACAAAAGGUUGAAGUAACUCUAAAGAAUAUAGGAAAUGCACCAUUAACAAAUAUUUAUGUUACUUGUGUCAAUGCUAAGUUAUUUUCAUUAGGAAAUGAAGAUAUACUUGAUGAACAUUCAUUAAAGAAAAGCAAUAAAGCUGUAACAAAAAUUUUGCUACCUUCAGAUAAAAAUAAUAUUUUAAACGUAGGUGAUGUUCAUAAGAUGCCACUGUGGAUUCAAGCACCUCAUAAAAAGGGAAGUCAUAGAUUAGAUUUACUUUUCUAUUAUGAAAAUGUUGACUCUGAAAGUAUUCCAAGACACAGAUUAUGCAGACAUACGUGGCACUUGGAAGUAUUGGAUUCAAUACAAAUCAAAGCAAUCGCAUCCAGAAGUGCAGUAUUUAAAGAUACUUUACCGACAUUAAAUAUGAAAAUGUCUGUAAAAAACAUGAAUCAGAUUCAUGAUACUAUAACAAAUGAAAUUUCAAUAUUAGCUGUAUCUUGCCAAAGUGAUACUUGGUCAAUAUUUAGAUCAUCUGUCCUUCCAUCUAAUAUUAUAGUACACCCACAAGAGAUGUUUCAUUUAUUGUUUAAAUUACAAAAAAAAUUUGAUAACACAGCAAUAUUCUCUAAUGUAUCAAUAAUAGAAGAUAAUAAGAGUGAUGAAAUAUCGGAAAUAGCUUAUCCAUUCAUGAAUUUUGUACAAAAGAGAUAUAUUUUACCAUUAGAUAUACAUGAGAAUGCAGCUGAUAUGCAAUUGCAACUUCAAGAAAUUAAUCAAAAGGAUAAUGAUCCUCUUCUAAACACUAUGAUGAUGAAUUCGGCUUUAAUUGUUAGAUGGAAAAAUAAAAUAAUAGAAAAUGGUUAUGUUGUUAGGCAAGCAAUUGGUCAGCAUCAUAUUGACAUGAAAUAUUUGAAUCAAGUUUACAAAUAUCCAAAAGAAAUGCAAGUAGAACAAAGUGAAUAUUGUGGACGUUUGAAGAUAUUUGGACCAGAUAGGAAUAUACCAGAUUUAUCGAUUACGCAUAAUAAAGAACAAUUUCUAGGAAUUGAUCUUCAAACGAAUGCAACUAUGUUCUGUAAAAAUAUAAUAACAUUUUCUUUAAGUCAUCUCAGGCAAGGCGAGCAUAAUUUUAGAGAAAAUAGACUUUGCAUUAUACCAGUUACAAUGUAUAUACAAAAUCAUCUCCAAUCAAAAAUAGAUGUCAGAAUAAACACCAUUGGAACUAGCAGUGAUACUCAACUUCCAAGUAUUAAGACUCAACUUUAUUCACCACAUGCUUCGACAAACUUUCGAUAUAUUUGUCAUUCAGCGAUUAAUUGUUGCAUAGAGUCUCUCGCACAGAAUACUAUAAAAUUGCAAGCUAUAUUAUCAGCUCCUGGUACAUACAAUCUAGCAGCAAGAAUAGAAGUUUCUGUAAAAAUUGUAAAUAAUAGAGAAUUUAUUCCUCAAGAAUGGAAUAUGGAAAGUAUAUGCAUUAUGAAGAAUGCAGCUGUAUAAAAUUUAUUAUUGCAAUAUUAGGUAUCAUUCAGAUAACAAAUAUCACAUAAAUUACUUUGUUUAAUUCGAUUAAAAAUCAUUCCUUUGUAUAUCAAUACAUCUUAUAAUUCUUUUACUACUCUACUUCUAAUAGUAUUUUAUAGAUUCGGAAAAAAUAUACAUUUUUAACAGAAAAAAAAAAAAAAAAAAAAACGUUUGAAGUGACAUAAUUUUCAGAACUUUUUUGCUUAACUAUAAUAUUUACCCAUAGCUAUAAUAAACCAUAUUGUUGAGAGAAGUAAAAGAAAAUCUUGAAAUAGAGAAACGAUUUUAAAUAUUUUAAACUGCGAUAUUAUAAAAUAGGGGUAUGUAAAGAAUUUGGAAACUAAGAUUAUAUAAAACAGAAAUUCAAUUGGGGUUGAUGCAUCUACCUCAUGAAAAAAUUUACCAUAUAUAACUUAUUUGUAUAUUAUUAUUUCCAUAAUAAUUCCAUACGUGUGAGGAAUAAUUUACUUGACUAUUAAAACGAUUAAUUAAUAGAAUACAUUGAAAAAACAUUAAAUAUUACAAUUAAUAUUUCAUAGAAACAUAUCGGUACUAAAUACAUGAAUAUGUAACAUUGACGUUCAUUACGUCACUGACGUUCAUUACGUCACUGAUGUACAUUUUCAUUGACGUUCCUUAAUACUGUGUUCUACAAAAUGAAAUUAAUAUAUCUAUCAUUUCUUACAAAAUUUAGUCACUUGAACAUGCAUUUCCCAAUUUAGGUAUUUUGAUCUUUUUUGUAAUCUUUAUUUAUAUCGUAAUCAUAUUUUACAUUUGCCUCUUCAUCAUGAUAUAUCUUUACGCGUGUCAGGUUUUCUUUUUCCUUUUUUUUUUUAUUAGACUUAUAAUUAAUUAGAAAUUAUAAAACAGUUUGUGAAAUAGUAUAUGAUGAAUAUAUUAAGUCUCAUCAUUAACAUCAAAGUAAUUUAAGAAAAAAAAAAAAAAAAAAUUUGAACAAAAUAUAGACAGAUAAUUAAAAAUUAUACAAACUUGUAUUUCAUGUAUUUUAUGUACAGAGAAUAUUUUAAAUAAUAUAUAUAUAUGUAAAUAGACUUUCAUACUGUAGCAUGUACCUAUUCAAAAACAAAUAUAGGAUCAGAUUAAUAAUAUAUUGCAUUUAUAAAUUGAAUGUCUUUUGCAUUACUGUCAGAUAUGCAAUAUAUAUAAUUUAGAAGUUAUUUGAUUAAAAAGAUGUAAUAAUAUUGUAAGUAUAUAUAUACUUACAAGAGAGAGUGUAUAUAUUUAAUUUAUAUUUCCCAUUUCCAUGAAUCAUUUUGCCUAUUAUCACACUGCAAUUUCACUAUAUAUAUAAAAAAUAUUGCAAAUGCAAGAAAAAGAACAUAAUUAAAACAAUUUAUUAAAAGUAAAGAGAGAUUGCAAUACACAAUUUAAAUAUAUUCAUAUUUUUAAAAGUAUCAAAUUGUAUUAUUUUUAUAUGAUGAUACAUUGAAGUGAUUUUUUUAAAUUUAGCGCACAAAUAAAAUCGACCAAUCAACUUUUAGUAUUACUACGCAAACUCUAAAUAUUUCUCUCUAGAUAUUUGAUUUCUCAGUUUUUUCGAUGUGCUUGUGCUACCAUCACAAGACGUACACCCGAGUAUAAUUUUCUAUCUGAGAAUGGCCGCGAUGUUGUCCAACUGUUCGCGGUAUGCGCCUCGUGUAAUAUCACGAAU